AUGUUUUAUGGAUCCUCGUCCGCCAGCAUGUCUCUGCCCUCAAAGAGCCGCAUCAAACGCCAGAGCAAGACCUUCACACAGGUGCUCUACCGCACUCUGAGUUAUCGUGAUCGUCGGUCGGUGACUGAGGAGCUGGUUGCCCCUGACGAUCCGGCUGAGUUGUCGACGGCAACAGCGACGGCCCCCGGCGUUCUGAAGGUGUUUGGUGACGUUGCCGUGGGCACCAACUACAAGAGUGUUCUGGCCACGCCCACCUCCAGCGCCAUGGAGAUCGUCAAGGAGGCGCUGGAGCGCUACGGGAUUGGCCGACACCACGCCCAGGGGUACGUGCUCUGCGACGUGAUUGGCCGGCUGGACGGGCCCGAGCGCCGCUGGAGGACGCAGUGCCUGCGGGCGCUUAGCAACAACGAGAAGCCCCUCCUCCUGCAGGACCUGUGGAAGCCCAAAGAAGGCCACGCCCGCCGCUUCGAGCUCCGCCUACUCCAGGAAGUGGACGAGCUCAGCAGCCGAGACAGAGACACAGUCACCGCAGAUAUUAACGCCCAGGCGCGCAAGGUGCAGCGGAAUCGUGCGAAGGGGACGAUGACGCUCUCGCGCUCCUCUCUCUGCCGCUCGCUCUCCGAGACCAGCCUGACCAUGGUGGGCGUGGCCAAUGGGGAGGGGGAGGAGCCAAAGCGUUAUUACUCCACCCUGCCUGGACCAAUCAGAGCCCGGUCAGCUCGUGACACCACCCGUGACAUCAUCAGGGGCGAGCACAGGAAGGAAGGGCGGGACGGAGGCGGGACCAAGCACUCUCUCUACCAAUCACCUCACCUCCUUCUGCUCCAAGGCUUCAACAGACAGGACUGUCUUGUGUAUCUGUUGAACAGAGAGCAGCACACUGUCGGCAUGGAAACAGCGUCCGUGCGUCCGAGCAUCUGUCUGUCGUCCCCGGACAUCCUCCCGCUCCACUGCCUCCUGCGUCGCCACGGCAAUCAGCGGCUGCUGCUGGAGCCGGUCGCCCGCGGCAACGUGGCGGUGAACUUCUCGCGCGUGGACCGGCCCACGGCCCUGAGUCACGGCGACCUCAUUUCCUUCGGCACGCACUACGUCUUCCUGUACAAGGAGCCGCUGGGAGGGCCGGGGGGGGCGCUGCCCACCCACUCGUUGGCACGGUUACGCCUGCUGGGGUCAGGGGUCACCGCCGAGGAGGAAGGGGGCGGAGUCUGCCGCAUGUGUGGCUCCGCCCUCAGAGAACGCCCGCCCUCCAGGAAGGGCGUGUCCAAAACACCCUCGGCGCGGGCCCCGCGCAGGCCGCUGCAGCUGGAGUUUGAGCCGGCGCACGAGGACGCGCUGCUGCAGCGAAUCACGACGCUCGUAGAGCCGGGCGGAGACGAGCACAAGCUAAGCCCCGCCUUCCUGCUCUGCCUCAGCAUCCAGCACUCAGCCAAUCAGCUCGCUGGGAUCCAGCACUCAACCAAUCAGCACAGUCCUGGCACCUACGCCACUCUGAUGCUGAAGAUCGCCCGCCGCAUACAGACCAUCGCCUGGGAGAAGACGAAAGAACUCGCACAGAAGCAAGCUCAGCAUCAGGACCCUGCCUCUCUGUCGCUGCUGAGUAUCUCAGAUCUGACGCCGGACCUGCAGUCCAUCUUCUUCUGGAUGUCCAACUCCAUUGAGCUGCUUUACUUCAUCCAGCAGAAAUCCCCCAAGUACACACAGUGCAUCGAGCACCUAGACACAGGUUCUAAGGAAUCCCUUCUUUCUGCCUCCAUCUCCAUCAGUGAGGAGGCCAUGAGUGUCCUGGAGGAAGUCAUCAUGUACACCUUCCAGCAGUGUGUUUACUACAUCACCAAGUCUCUCUACGUAGUGCUGCCUGGCCUUCUGGACUGCAACCCGUUUGUGUGUGAGCGGAAUGUUGCCGGGGAAGGGGGCGUGGCUCCGGAGGCAGUGGGCGGGGUUCUGCAGGUGUUCCAAGUGACUCAGGAGCUGCUGGCCAACUUCCUGGUUCAUCCGGACAUCCAGAAACAGAUGUACUCCUACCUAUUCUUCUUCUGCAACGUGUCUCUCUUCAACCAGCUCAUGGAGAAGGGUCCAUCGCGGGGCUGGUUCCAGCGUUGUCGAGUUCUGCAGAUGCAGGCGUGUGUGCAGCUGCUUCUGGACUGGGCCAAAGGGGCGGGGCUUCAGGCGCUCACACACAAAUUCUUCAGGAAGUUCUCCAGCGUGCUCACCAUACUAGCCACGCCCCCCCAGCACCUGACACAGAUGAGCUGGAGGACUCUGUCACAGGAAUACUCAUGUCUGAAGCCGGUCCAGCUGCACAGGAUUCUGCUUCAUUACCAACAGAACGCUGACAUCACCACUGUUCCACACUGGACUCCAACCAAUGAGGACGAGACCUAUGUCUGCAGAACAGUGGACCUGCUAGAGAGUUUUGAGAACCAUCCUCCCAUCGUGCUGCCAAGUGCUGGAUUUCAUAUCGACCUGGAGGGAGAGAGUGUUGAAGAACCCCUCUACAGGCAACUGCUCUACGUCAAGCACUUCCUAUGGGGACUACGCCAGGAGGAGAGAGGGAGAGAUAAAGUCCAGAGGAAUGGGUUCAUGGCGAGGCAGGGAUCUCAGAUGACCUCUGACCCCUCGUGCCUCCUCACUCCUCCACACACACCCCUCUACCCAGACGCCGCCCCCACCACACACACCGCCGUCUUCUCCAGCACACACAUGUACACGCCCCCGCCACACACACCCCUCUACCCAGACGCCGCCCCCACCACACACACCGCCGUCUUCUCCAGCACACACAUGUACACGCCCCCGCAACACACACACAUGUGCACGCCCCCGCAACACGCCUGUCUCCAUGACGACACACAAACAAACGGCCUCACUGAAGGAAGUGACAAGGCACACGUCAGAGCCAACGGCGUCAUCACCAACGGCAACGGCGUCAUCACCAAUGGCAUAGAAGGUUCCCUGAGUGGGUUCCCUUUCCCUGUUCCUGUAGUAACCGGUGGCCGUAGUAACAGCGUAUCUUCCGUGUUUGUAGUGGAGCUGGACAAAGGACCCUAUGGGCUCGGCAUGGGACUCAUAGACGGACUGCACACGGAGUUGAAGGCUCCAGGGAUCUACGUGCGGACGUUAAUCCCAGACGGCCCGGCAGCUUCAGACGGACGCCUCCGCAUCGGAGAUCGCAUCCUCGCCGUUAACGGCACCAGCCUCAUCGGUGCGGAUUACCAGAGUGCGGUGGACCUCAUCCGGCUCGGCGGGGGACGCCUGCGUCUGCUCAUCGCUAAAUCUGACGUGGAGAUUUCAGCCAAAAUCAGCGCCUCCUCUUGCUGACGUGCAUGGACACACACACACACACACAUGCAAAUACAGAGCACACACACACAUAUGCAAAUACA